UUUGGGUCUAUGAGGUGUGAAAAUCUUUGUGUGUUGUGUGUAUAUAAUAAGAGGUGGUGGGUUUGAUCCGAUUCUUGACCAUGGUAUUAAGUAUGAAGGUUCAUCAGUUUGCACGUGGAUUUUGGGACGAGCCCUCCCUCUCCCUUGGCUGCAAACGCUUACGCCCUCUUGCCCCUAAACUUCAACAUCAAAACCAUCAACCCACCUCCGAUAACACCACCGUCACCACCACUACCACCACCACGCUCACCUCUUUCGACCUCAAGACCUUCAUCAAACCCGAUUGCGGCCCCCGAAAACUCGGUUCCUCCCAUGAUCAUAAUAAAGAUUCUUCCUCCUCCUCUUCUUCCCUCCAGACAGGAGUUGAAACUCAUCCAGGAGGGACACGGUGGAAUCCAACCCAAGAACAGAUAGGGAUAUUGGAGAUGCUUUAUAGUAGAGGAAUGAGGACUCCCAAUGCCCAGCAAAUUGAACACAUCACUGCCCAGCUUGGCAACUACGGCAAGAUCGAAGGCAAGAAUGUUUUUUAUUGGUUUCAAAAUCAUAAAGCCCGUGAGCGACAAAAACAAAAACGCAACAGUCUUGGUCUUCCACACUCUCCCAGAACUCCUCCCCCUCCUCCCAUCAUCCCGGCCUUCCACACGGGAGAAGAAGAUAGUCCGUACAAGAGGAAGUGCUUGUAUUGGGGGUUUGAGUGUUUGGUAGAAGAUAAUGGUAUAAUGUGUAAAAAGGAGGAUGGUGAUCAUGAUAGGACUCUGGAGUUAUUCCCCUUGCAUCCAGAACGUUGAUGAUCCAAUUUUUGGAAAUUUUAAAAAGAAAAAUGCGUCUUAUGCUAUGAUCAUAAGUUGUUAUGAAUUAAUCCGCUUUAAAUUUCCUCUCUUUUCUCUCAUUUCGAGAAAGAAAGAAAGGAAAAAGAAAAGUUCGAACAACAACUAGUACUAUUCUAUACUCAUGUAUGACGUACUUCCAAUUUCCUCUCUUUUA